CAAUCUCACCUGUACCAGAUGACCUUAGCCUCUACUUAAGAAAUAUUGAGACCACCUGGCACACUUUCCCUCCUGCAUUUCUGUCUCCUACUUAGUACGUGCCUCGCAGAAUUCCACUCAGCCGGAGAUUUUGUUUCUCUUGCAAGUAAAUUUUUCUAUUCUUUUCAUUCCCAUUUCUUUGAGUCCCUCCCAGCUUUAACCUCUCAUUCUUAAGUGUUUUCAACUCUCCUAUUCCAAUGACUAUUUCCUUUUCACCUGUGUUCAAGUUUCUUUCACAUUACAUGUUUUCACCUCUCUCGGCUCCCUUUCUUUCUGUGAAGACUUUUUUUUCCUUCAUAUGCCAGCUGAACUCCUAGAUAAGGAGUCCUCAUCCUUGCUGCUUCCACAAGGUCAUCACAGAGCACCCAGCUGAGCUCCUUGUGUUAUACACCUAUACUCACUUGUAGUGGUGUGGAUGCACCUCGAGUCUGUCAUACAAAUGAAGAUUUUCCAGAAAAGGAGAAGUCCACAGCAAAGGCCCUGGAAGAUGUAAAGGCGAACUUUUACUGUGAGUUAUGUGACAAGCAGUACCACAAACACCAGGAGUUUGACAAUCAUAUUAAUUCCUAUGACCAUGCUCAUAAGCAGAGACUGAAAGAAUUAAAGCAACGUGAAUUUGCUCGAAAUGUAGCUUCCAAGUCAUGGAAAGAUGAAAAGAAACAAGAAAAAGCACUUAAGCGACUUCAUCAGCUGGCUGAGUUAAGGCAACAGUCUGAAUGUGUUUCUGAAAAUGGACCAGCAUACAAAGCCUCCAAAGUACCUAUAGAAAAACAAUUUCAGCAAGGAAUUUUCCCAGUUAAGAAUGGCAGAAAGGUAUCAUGCAUGAAGAAUGCUCUUCUCCUUAAAGGAAAGAAUCUCUCCAGAAGCAUUGCCGAUAAGCAGCGGUCCACCACAGCAAAUCGACACCAGUUGCAAACAGACCGACGUCGUUUGUUUGGAAAUAGGGUACCACAAACAUCCUCAGAUCUCAGCAAUGCAAAUCAAAGGACUGGAGUGUCAUUUUCUUUUUCCAAAAAAGUGCAUCUAAAAUUAGAAUCUUCAGCAUCAGUUUUCAGUGAGAACACAGAAGAAACCCACGAUUGUAACAAGUCACCCAUCUAUAAGACAAAAUCAACUGCAGAGAAAUGCAUGUGUUGCAGGUUUGCAAAUGAAGAUACACAUCUCACUAAGGAAAAAGAUAUAAACAUCUCAUCAAACCAUCUGGAAAGUAUUUUACACAAUACCCUCCCCAUAAACUCUCAAAUUUUGCAAGACAAGAAUGACUUUGUUGAUGAAAUGCUGGAAAAUUCGAUUGGCAUUCAUGCUUCAUUCAGUAAAUCUAACAUUCAUCUUUCAGAUGUGGAUUUUACUCCUUCAAGCAGAGCAAAGGAAACUAGAAAUACAUUGAUGAACACUUCAGAAAACCACAUUAGUCACUCAUGCCAAGCCAAUGUUUCCUCUAGCCCAACAAACAUUUACAAGCAUAGUGAUGCCAGGAUGUUUGGAUGUCUGGAUGAGUUUCCAUCAAUAGAGCCAAGCGAACAAAGCAGUUCAGUUCAUCUGAAUCCCAACUCCAGAAAAGAGAAGAGAGAAAAAUCAUUAGAUAAAACAGAAAGAGUUAGCAGAAAUGCACAAAGUUUUAUAAGAGAAGCAUAUCCCCAUGAUGUGAAGUCCAAAGCAUUGCCUUUUCUCCACGUAAAAAGCAAGGAUGGCCAUACCACUCUCCAAUGGCCAACAGAACUUCUUCUCUUUACAAAAACAGAGCCCUGUAUCUCUUAUGGCUGCAACCCAUUAUAUUUUGAUUUUAAGCUUUCUCGAAACACAAAGGAUGGCCGUGAUCCAGAAGAUUUAAAAACAGAAUUGCAGAAAGAGGCCUCAGAAAUGAAGACUACAAUGGAGAAUCAAGUCUCAGGUUUAAUUAAAGACCAACAAAAAUUGAUCCAAGAAGAUAAUCGGUCUCUGAAACCAAAGAUGAAGAUAGCUAAUCCAGAUUGGGAAAAUUUCCAGAGGAAAUAUAAUUUGGGCGGCAACAAUUCUGAGCCCAGUAUGAGUGAAUGCAAUUUUAGUGCAAGCAAUUUGGAAAUGAAAAAUCCUGAAGUGCCUGCUUACCUUGAUAUCUCUCUAAAGAAUUGUGUAGGAAACAAUAAAAAUGGUGGUAAUGAACUUCAAGAACCUUCAAGGGCCCAUUGGCAAAGCUGUCAAAGGGUAAUUUUAAAUGAUGCAAAUAAGGGCCUAUCUUUUUCUCCUUGCACCUCUAGGACGAAAAAACAUAAACUGAUUUCUUGUGAUCCUCAUCUGGAUGUUGAAGAAGUGAAUCAGUUCACCUGGAAGUCUAGUCCUUGCACAAUAAGGGAUCACAGUGACCAUGGGAAGGACUUCAGUGUAAUUUUGAAUAGUAACUACAUCAGUAUGACCAGCGGGGUUACUGGAUGUGGAAGAGCAAGUUAUAAGAUAAGUUCUCCGAAGGUGUCUCUGAAUAGAUGUUCUAGCCCUUCAGACACAUCCCAUGUCAGUACCUCCAGCUUGAGAAGUUCUCAUUCCAAUCAUGGGUCCAGUGGACAUGAUAGAGGUAAUUUGCUCUACUUUUGCAAACGAGAGCGUAACUCAGUUGAAAGGCACAAACGGAAACGCCGAAAGCACAGCUGUCUCUGCUUGUCUGAGGAGCUAGCAAAGAGUGACUGCCCACAGUCUGAAACUGAGAGAGGCAGGAGCUGCAAAUUGUGGGAAUCAAUUAAAAACGAAAAAUAUUCAAAACAUGCUUAUGGUUAUUGCAGAGAAAAACAUAAACUGGGCAAAAAUCAACAAUUUUCAGGGCAAAAAUCCAAAAGAAUCACUCAGUGUGAUUUUAGCUCACAGGUUUAUUGUGCUGGAAACAGUGAAAAUCCACCUAAUUGCCAGGGACCUCAGCACAGCAGAUUGGGCUCUCACUCAAGAGAGAAAAUGUAUUACUUAAAUAAAAGUAAAAUGAAUCAACAGUCUUUGGACAGCCCUCAUAUUUGUGAUCUGGGAAAAGUAAAACCCAUGCAAUGUAACUCUGGGAAUAUCAGCUACCAUCUAAGGAACUGUUCAAGAAGCCCUUCAGAUACCACAGAGUUGAACCCUAUAGAAGGAGAGAGGACCUCCCUGACAGCCAAAAGCCUUUUAGAAAGAGUACAAGCCAAGAAAUGUCAGGAACAAUCAAUUCAGUUUGAGAUCUCAUCAAACAGCUGUAAAAAUGAAUCAGAGACUCGUUCACAAAUCCAAUGUGUAAUUCCAUUUAUGCCACCAGGCUGUAACAGACCUUCAUUGCCUUUGCCUGAAAAAACACCAAACAAAAGCAGAAGGAGAAAGGAUAAAGGCAGUGCGAUGCAAAGAACUAUUGAUAAAAACAAAGUCAAAAGUUCCCCGACAAAUGAUUUUACUGUUUUAGUGGGCACUGAUUGUGAUAAUCAUUUUUCUAAAGGUAUAAUUCAUGUAGUAGCAGAAUCUCAUUCACCAAACAUGAAAAAGAACCCAACAACAAAAGAACAUCCAAAAUCAUUAAUUAGUGAAGUCCAACCUUCUAUUCAAAGCUGUGACCCAGUACCAAAUGGUUUCCCUGGUGCUUUUCCAUCUAACAGAUAUAGUGGUAUUACUGAUUCAAUGGAGACCAAAGAGAACAAUAUGAAUCUAGACUUACAGGAUGGAAGCAUGCAAAUGAAUCAGAUAGAGGGGAAUAUAAACUCUUACUAUGACAGAACUGUGCAGAAGCAUGACAAAGUAGCAGAUGACUUAGAAGUGUGUCAUAAAUCUCUCUCUCCUCCAUUAAUUCAACAGCCUAUAACAUAUUCUCCUGAUGAAAUAGAUAAAUAUAAGCUCCUACAGCUACAAGCCCAGCAGCAUAUGCAGAAACAGCUCCUAUCAAAGCAUCUUCGAGUUUUGCCUGCUGCAGGGCCCACUGCUUUUUCUUCGGCCUCCACUGUACAGACAGUUCCAGGUCACCAGCAGGCUUCUAUAACCACCAUCCACCACACAUUCCUGCAGCAUAUUGUUUCUGCUUCCAUAAAUGCCCAUAGCAAUCAUCUUCCUAUAGCUCAUCUACAUCCUCUUUCCCAGCCACGUUUUAAUCCAUUCACAUUUUCACCUUUGACCCCAACCAUCAUCCCUGCACACCCCACUUUCUUAGCAGGUCAUCCCCUGCAUUUAGUCACCACUGCUCCCUUCCACCCAUCUCACAUAACAUUUCAGCCCUUGCCCCCUGCAGCAUUUAUCCCCACCUUGUUUGGCCCUCACUUCAACCCAGCUACAACUUCUAUCAUCCACUUGAAUCCUCUAAUUCAACCAGUGUUUCAAGGUCAAGAUCUUUGCCAUCAUUCUUGCUCCAGUCAGAUGCAACCAUUAAAUGGAGUGAAAGAGGCCUUAAAUGUGUCAGCUCGCUUGAACUAAAAGCCCUUCUUCUGGAUAAAUAAAACAAAUUGUCAGUACCUACAAAGUGAUGUAUUUAAAGUGGUCUGAUUAUUAUUAUAUUUAAAAGAGUGGUACCCCAAUGCAAAAUGUGACCAAUAUAGAAAUGUAAACUGAAUUGCCAAUAUUGUAAUAGAAGCAUUUUAAGAAUCUCUUAAUUUGCUAAAAUUAAUUAGACAAAUUUAAAGUAAUUUGACGGAGAAGGCAAUGGUACUCUUGCCUGGAGAAUCCCAGGGACAGAGGAGCCUGGUGGGCUGCUGUCUAUGGAGUCGCACAGAGUCGGACACGACUGAAGCGACUUAGCAGCAGCAGCAAAGUAAUUUGAUAGAAAGGCAGAGGAGUAUUUUUGGAUGAGUUCUCAUGUAAUGUAAAAAACCAAAAAAUUUAGGCAUAUUAAUAUUAAAAAAAUUAAAUGGAACAUAAUACUCUAUCUUCUAGGUGUUCAUGGAACGAGUGAGUGAAUGAAUGAAUGAAUGCACAUUUGUUUUUAUUCAUCAGGUAAUAAUAGAAGGUCAGUGAAACAAACUAAUUAUGUGGUAAAAAUAGUUCCUAUGGUUCACUAUUUACUAAGCUUUCAAUCAAUGUAAUCUGUUUCAACCAAUAUAAACCAUAUUUUCAUAAGAAAUGAGAGAUGGCAAGAAAUUUUCUAACUAAUUCAGAUUAAAAAUUACUCUUCAAUGCAAAACAAUCUUAUCCACAUUGUAUGGCUGAGUUUAUGUGGAAAAGUGAGUUAUCUUCAUUUCACACACUUCUAUGUUAAGAGAAUUUUGUAAUUGUAAGAAUCACCAAUAUCUAAAGUUAAGAAUAUUUAAUUUUUGUAUAAGAAAACACAUAUUUGCAAUCUUUAGUAUUUGAUUAUGCAAAAUAAAACUAAAAUAUACUAUGAAUAAUAUUUUAAUACAUUGGUCAAACUUUCAAAUAUUAUUGGGAUUAAAAUAUUAAGUUUUCUUUAUUCUCAGAAAUCUGUGUUCAGCCAACAUAUGUAUAUCAAUUACAUACAGAGGUAAAGGUUUAACAAUGUCAAAAGUUUUACCUGAUAUUUAUUGAGAAAACUUUAAAGUAUUUGGUGUGUUUUGUUCAAUUUUAUUAGAAACUAAUAAAAUACAGUGAAUUAUGAAUAAAAUCACCAUUCCUGUAAUUUUGCAAACAAUUUUAAACAUUCAUUCAAAAUACUUUCUGAUCCACAGAAUUUACAUUUCUUGCAUCUAUAUUUCUGACUGGCCCUUCAGUUCAUUGUUUUAUAUUCUUAAAAGCAUAGAAAACUUGUGUGACUACAUAGCUCCCACAAGCACAGGUUUCAGAGCAAUUCAAAUUAAACAAAACUGGAGGUAAUCGGCCAUCACCACUGUGUGUAUGAUGAUGCAAAUUCCUCUAUCACUAAAACAUGAGAAUGAUGGCUUACUCAGCCUUGGCUUCACGGGUAAGAGAGCUGUCCUUACAGAAACUCUCCUGUGUAUCAAGAGAGUCAGGCUGAGCACUAGACCCUCAUUAUCUCAUUUAAUCUUCAUAAAUGUAUCUUGAGAUCAAUAUUAUCAUUCCUCUGUACAGAUGAGGAAAAAUGAAGUUGAAGGAUUAAGUCCUUAACACUUGCUAACAAUAAUUGAUGCUGGUAAGGGAGAGAUAGAGAAUAAAUUGAAUAAAAAAUUUUAGUAUAAAGAAGUGACAUAGUUUCCUAGAUACCACCAGAAACUUGUGGGAUGGAAGUUUUGACUGGAGUAUGGCAGUGAAAAAUCUUAUUUUAUCUAAAAGAAACAGAAAAAAUGGAAAAAAAAUCAUCAAAUAGCAAAAAAUUCUAUACUUGUGUGGAACUCCAUAAAAGUUAUUAUGAAAGACCUUUGAUAAACAUAAAUGAUUUUUAAAAAAAUAGAUGACAAAUGACCCAACACAUAAAAAGAAAACUAAAGUGAAUGACUGUUUCCUAAAACAUUAUGAAGCUGACAUAGAGCCAAGACAGAAUAAUUACAGGAACUCAUCAGGAGACUUAUCAUGAAAAAGACAGCACCUGAUUAAUAUUUAUAAUUGUCUUGGUGACAAUUUAAUAUCUCAAAAGGUUAAAACAGGGAACUUCUACUUGGGCACUUAAUUUUGACUAACAAGGGUAGACUGAUAAGAAUUGAUGGCAUGGAAAUGACUAUCUUAUACUAUCAAUGAUGAAAAUAUUCAUUGGAUAUACUUACUCUCUUGGAUGGUGAGAAGACAGACUUUGCAAUCUAAAUAAAAGAUAACUUGUACUCUGGGUAGGAAAUUAUAAAAGUUGUAGCAUACAUGAGCAAAUCUACCAUUACAAAAGAUUUCAAUGAGAAGAAAAAUGUAGUCCUUUAAACAUCCCAGUAUAAACAGAAUAAGAAAAACAUUCAGAGUAACAGAAAAAUUCUUGUACAUUCAUAAACAGUAAGACAAUAGCCAUAAAUCAAAAAUGAACAGAGAGACCAAGUUAAAACCACUUAGGUAACCCAAAUAUUAGGAAAAUCAAAACAAAUUGCUUUUUUAAUUUUGAUGAAUGAAGAGAUGAUCUAAUAAUAAUAAUGUCACUUUAAUCUGAUUUUGUUUUGCUUUCCUUAUUAGGAGAAACGUUAUUUAAAGUGGAAAUUGUAGAGCCAACAUGGAGAGGAAGUUUGGGUCAUACAGAGAAAAUUAUUUCCUGGCCACUUAAAAUGACUUUGAAUCUUCACAUUUAGGAGAAUUUUAAAGAAAAUAUUAAAAUUACCUAAAGAAAGUCUCAUAAUUACAAUUG